CUCAAUAAUGUGCUGAUUGCGUCAUGGAGCUUAGUGGAUUCUGAAGCGACUGAUCAAGGACAACAGUCGCGUCCGUCAAGUCAGAUUUUCAACGCACAGUUUGCUGCAUCCGAGCUUAAAAAGCGCCUUCUGGAAGACGGGAACGCGUGCCUCACGAAUGCUCAUUCAUGCCUCCUUUGGGCUUUGCAUGAUUCUGACGUUGAAGAUUUCAAUUUUGAACGCGUUAUAGAUGAGCACGCCAGUCAGCUUGUAGAUUCCAUCAAUGGUCUUCGCAAACUGGUCCCCGGUAGUCAGAUUGCCUGUAAACUGAAUUCCAUCGUGGAUCAGCUGCCCAAUGGGGCGGAGUCGCAGGCCAAGCAAAAUGGCCUUCCGAGCCCACUCCCAGAAAAAAUGACCGGGCCAGAGCUGGCCGACUCCAGGCUUCUUUUAACGGCCCUGCGCGGCCUUGUUGAGGUAGGCGACUUACUUGUCAUAUAA